AUGCUCCAACGAGACCUGUCUGCAGAGUACCUGCUCAACCAAGAGGGAACAGUGUCCCCAGGCAGGACAGUCAGUGCUGGAGCUGGUGUUUGCUCUUGCUCAGGGCUUGACGGGAAUGUAACUGCUCCUCUAAAGGAUCAAAGUAUUCGUUAUAGUUUGGAUGUUAGUGUGGACGAAGUGAAAGCCUUAGCAUCUCUAAUGACAUACAAAUGUGCUGUGGUUGAUGUGCCAUUUGGUGGGGCAAAGGCUGGUGUCAAGAUCAAUCCCAAGAACUACACAGACAAUGAAUUGGAGAAGAUAACAAGACGGUUUACCAUGGAGCUGGCAAAAAAGGGCUUUAUUGGACCUGGUGUUGAUGUGCCUGCUCCUGAUAUGAGCACAGGGGAGAGGGAGAUGUCCUGGAUUGCCGACACCUAUGCCAGUACCAUAGGACACUAUGACAUCAAUGCACAUGCCUGUGUAACUGGUAAGCCCAUCAGCCAGGGUGGGAUCCAUGGGCGUAUCUCUGCAACUGGCCGCGGCGUCUUCCACGGAAUUGAGAAUUUCAUCAAUGAAGCCUCCUAUAUGAGUAUAUUAGGAAUGACUCCUGGAUUUGGGGAUAAAACAUUUGCUGUUCAGGGAUUUGGUAAUGUGGGCUUACAUUCUAUGAGGUACUUGCAUCGUUUUGGAGCCAAGUGUGUUGCUGUUGGAGAGUUUAAUGGUUCUAUCUGGAAUCCUGAUGGGAUUGACCCAAAGGAACUAGAAGAUUACAAAUUGCAACAUGGAACAAUCAUGGGCUUCCCUAAAGCACAAACACUUGAGGGCAGUAUUCUGGAAACAGACUGUGACAUUCUGAUCCCUGCUGCCAGCGAGAAGCAGUUGACUAAAGCAAAUGCUCACAAGGUUAAAGCAAAAAUUAUUGCAGAAGGUGCCAAUGGGCCUACAACUCCUGAAGCUGACAAAAUCUUCUUGGAGCGGAAUAUCAUGGUUAUCCCUGAUCUUUACCUGAAUGCUGGCGGUGUAACAGUAUCCUAUUUUGAGUGGCUGAAAAACUUGAACCAUGUCAGCUAUGGUCGCCUGACUUUUAAAUAUGAAAGGGAUUCAAACUACCACUUACUCAUGUCUGUUCAGGAAAGCUUGGAAAGAAAAUUUGGGAAACACGGUGGAACUAUUCCAGUUGUGCCUACAGCAGAAUUUCAAGACAGGAUAUCGGGUGCAUCUGAAAAAGACAUUGUCCACUCUGGGUUGGCUUAUACUAUGGAGCGUUCUGCCCGGCAAAUCAUGCGUACUGCCAUGAAGUACAACCUGGGUCUGGACCUGAGAACAGCUGCCUAUGUCAAUGCAAUUGAGAAGGUCUUCAAAGUGUACAAUGAGGCUGGCCUGACCUUCACAUAAACAGGCCCUUACCGCUCCUUGUUGUUCCAUCCCUCUUGCCAUUAAUGUACCCUCUUCUUGAGAAAGCUUAUCACAAGUUUACAUGUAACCACAAAAUUUUCUUUUCUUCUGACAUUAUAGUGGAUCUAUUCUCAAUUAGUUUCAGUCCAAACUAGCCCCUUUUUGUUUUUUUUACAAUAAAAAAAAUCCAUGGAUUAGGAAAUUGUAUACAAGUAUGUAUCUGAAGGUAACAGUUCAGCUGCACUUGUGGGGGCUGUUCUGGGUAUUUUGCCUACAAAACAAAAUGGUACAUGUAUGAAAGAGUGGUCUUGCCACCUGAGCCACUUCUCAGACUUCAGAUCAGAUACUGUACUAAAUGAGCACUUAGCUCAUUAUUACUUCAUGCACUUUUGUUUAAUGAUAUAAUUUUGGCUUUGGCACUUUCCAUAAGGCCUUGUAUGAUCAAUGCUGUGGCAUUGUCAAAGAAAGAAUGGGCCUCCAGCAGGGAUUAACUUUGAUAGAAGUCUAAUUUUUAUUUGUAGUAAAGCUACAGGCCUGAUUCUCUUUAGGCAAUGUUUUUUCUUUAACUGUGCUGCUGUUAUAGGACUGCCUUUUAUUGCUUAAGCUAGACUAUCACCAUGAGGUAUGUAGAGGUGUUAUUUUUAUAAGCUGACACUAUUGAGCAACUCUAGUUAUGUUUUAAAUCAAUUAUCUACGUAACUAUUCUGACUAUAGUUUCCUUUUUUUUUUUAAAAGGGAUACUCUGAAUUUGGUAAGCAAUCAUACUUAGCUUUUUUUGGAAUUCUUUUUCAGUCUUUUCAGAGGCUUUCUGAAAAUGAGAUACUGCCUCAAUGAACAACUAAAGUGAAAGUGAACCCAGAAAUCAUUGGCUAAGCUACAGAGGAGCUAGGAUGCUGCUAUAAACUUAAUCCACUGUCUCAGCACACACAGCCUGUUUUUUGACAUUGGGAGGUCUUGAAAGUUUUGAACACUUAAUACAACAAAGUGGACCUCAACACAAUAUUGGAUCAAGCAUAAUUUUUAAGAUGUAAGGCUUUUUGUCCAGUGGAGUCCCCUUGAAGUGCCAGAUGUUAUUUAUGUAAUGAAUAUGAAUGGGUUUUUUUUAAAGACAACUAGGCCCUCCCAGAAACUCAUGCUUUUUUUCUAACUACUUUGUAACUGCAUAACAUAACCUGGAGAGAAGAGCAGUUAUUAAAAAGGUUGACUUUUCCAAACC